AUGGGUGCCCUUCCUGCUCCGCCUGCUCCUGUUCCUGACGAGGCUGUUGAAGAGCCAGCUGGUGCUGUUGAAGCUGCUCCGCCACCAGUGGUUGAGCCUGAGGUAUUCUUUUGCUUUUCUUUUUGUUUCGGUCAGCGAGCCCUGCGAGCCACUCGUUUCUUUGCCACGCGUUUACGUAUUUUUCUGUUACGUAUUUUUCUAUACUUCCGAAUGUAGUCCUCCGUUUUGCUUGCUGCUUGCCACGUGUUUACUCGGGUGUUAUUUUUCCAUAUGCUAGCGUUUUUUGCCGCUUUGUAAGCGAGGUUUUUCCGCCCUAUGGCGCGGGAGAUUAGUCGUAUGUCACUCUUUCACGUCUGCUUAGGGUUUUCGCUUCGCGGCUAGAGUUUGCUGUUUUAUUUGUAGCGUAAGAAGUUUUCCUUUUGUUGUUUCGUUAGUUACCGCUUUCAGCGGCUUGCUAAGGUGUUAGUUCAUCUAUGCAGAUUUUUUCACGCUUUAUUGCAAGAAGUUUACACCUUAGGGCAUAAAUUAUAGGACCUUUACUAGUCUUAACUGUGCUCGCUCGUUAAACAAACAAAAUUAUAAACAUAUUAUAUCUAUUAAGUUUGGGAAGGAAAAGGAAAGUGAGUGGUUGAGGUUUCCGCUUUGUUAGCGAGGAGAUACCGCUUUUCUAUAGCGAGAAAUGGUGGUGGUAAGAUGAGCGUAUAUUUUUCCGAUUGGGGGGUUUUUCGCUUCACAAACGAGGAGAUACGGCUUUAUAUUGCGAGGAACGUUGGUCGAUAUUUCUACUCGAGGAGAUACCGCUUAUAGCGACGAAGUUGUGUUAGUGAUUGUACAUAAUUUAUUUUUGGGCAUAUUGGGAGUUUCCGCUUUUCGUGCGAAGGGAUACCGCUUCAAGGCGAAGCCUGUUUAUCGUUUUUUGUUAGGAGGUACCGCUUCUUAGCGAGGAAUACUGGUAGCGAAUGAGUGUAUAUUACCUUUGCAUAAUUGAAGUUUCUGUUUUGUCAUAAUGAGAUACCGCUUUUAGGCGAGGAAAUUAUAUUAGUGGUCAUUAUUGAGAGAAGCGGAAGGUAAAUGAGAUCAACAAGGGAGACAGGAACGUUAGAUCGUUAUCAUACCUUAUGGUUAUGUCUUUUCCCUUUUGCUCGUAGUUUUCCAUUUUAUAUGUAUAUUUGAGGGAUACCGCUUUGUAGCGAAGUGUCUUAGUCGUGCUGAUUUGGCAAUGUUUUUUCUUUACGACUUUGGUUGGUCUACUUUAGUUUUUGUUUUAGGUGCUUUCUGUUCCUUUUGGAAAUUUAAUCGGCUUCUAUGCGUCCCGUUUUGCCACCGUGUUUGUUGUUUUCGUUUCGUUUACCUUUGUUUGUUUUUUAAUUUUUUCUCUCGUCUGUCAGGCUGAUGUUCGUUUGGUUGAGUUAGAAAGAAAGGUCCGAGCCCUUGAGCAGGAGAAAACUUUGGAAACUACCGAGGGUACUUUGGUUAACCUUAGAAGAUACCUUAACCGUCCUAAUAGCGCUUUUGACCGUUUCGAAGUGUUGGACAUUUUACAAGCUCUAGUGCGCCUCGCGCGCACCCAAGCACACCAGAAGGCUGAAGAAUAUGCCGCGGCCCUUGACGAGGUACGAGCGAGAUGGGACUCUCUCAGUUCCCCAGAGUUGCAGCGUUUAUUGCUAGGGCUGUUGGGAGACCCCGUUAGAGCUAAGGUCGCUAAAGAAGCCGCUUCCAUACUAAAGUCUGCUUCCAAGACGUCUGGUCAGUCGCACGUUGGCCCUAUACGUCCAAGGCUUGGAAUACCGUUCGGGCGAGGACCAUGUUUCAAGUGUGGCCGCUUGGGUCAUUUUGCGCGCACC